AUGUCUGAUGUCAAGCACAACUCCAUGUCUGAACCUCGUCCUGCUGAUGAAGAAGCAGUGAAAGUUUUCAGAAGCAUCAAGGACGAUGUCUUGAAGGAGAUUCACCGUCUUAACCGUGAGGACGCUCGCCAUGGCCUUCACGAGAUGGACAAGCUCAAGCACAUCACUGAGUACACUCCUACUCUUUAUGCCACAGAGGAUGUUGCUUUUGGCCGCACCUACUUUGCCAAGAUCCAUCUCGGUGAUGGCAAGUACGUCCAUGCUCGUGCCCACAAGAAUCAUAAUGGAGAGAUCAAGUUCUAUUCUCUCUUGACCACCCCAGAGUGCGCUGUUUGGGAUGAGGACACUCCUCUUGAGUACUUCAUCGACUAA